AUGGAAACUUUCGAGAAGGCUCACAAAAUGGGUCCAAGAAACGGAUAUCAAGUGCUCAUUCAUCCACCGGACGAGGCACCAACGUUGGAGCAUUUCCAUUACCAUUUGGCUUUGGGCAGUAGUAUGACUCUGACAGUGAAGCCGCAAUUGACGGAAACAGCACCAGCACUACGAUCUCAGCGGUUGGAACACCGGCAAUGUUUCUUCGAAAGUGAAAGAUAUCUACGGUACUUCAAAAUUUACAACCAGCAUAAUUGCAUGCAGGAAUGUUUAGUGAAUUUCACUUACAAAUUGUGUGGGUGCGUUAAAUUCUCCAUGCCAAGAAGCGCGGACAUGCGAGAAUGCGAUGCUAGUGAAAUCGACUGUUAUUCAGGCGCCUACAUGAAAAUGUUUGCUCGAGAAGUAGGAGGAAAUAACGAUCAUCCUUGUGGUUGUUUGCCAGCGUGCACGUCACUGUCCUAUGAAGUCGAAAUUUCAAGUCAACCGUACAGUGUGCAAGCUUUUGUCGAAGCCUUGGGAUUUCCGUCGAUAAAUUUUUAUGGUGUAGUUUUCCUUAUGAUAAAUAUGAAGGAAAACCGGAUUCUGGCAACAAUUCGUCAGGAGCUGGUGAGUUUCAGCGAUUCGGUUGGUAAGUUGGGAGGACUUUUCGGACUAAUGAUGGGAGCCAGCAUGAUAAGUAUUCUGGAAAUCGUAUAUUUUUGUUUGAUAAGACCUCUAAGGAGAGACGUAAAAGUGGCUCCGGUACGGCAAGUUCUGCCAUGUCGACAUGAUUAUUGA